UCGCGCGGGCUUGGGACUGGCGGGGCUUCAGGGGUAAACCAAUUGAGCUUUGCUGCGAAUUGAAGUUUCGGGAUCUGCCAGGUGCUUCCGGCGAGUAAGCCUGUCAUCCCAAUGAGUUUCCUCGAAAUAUCUUCCAUUUCUGUCCUUCGCAGAACUCUAUAAUUGUAUUACCCAACCCAUAAUCUCUCGACAUUACCGAAUAUCCAGCCUGGGCGACUGUCUUCUGCUCGAUGACACGGGCGCGCGUUUAGCUUUGCUGCAAAAUCGGGUCUCUGCGCUGUUGCAUUUCAUCGAUGACGACUGAGGUGGAACGCCUGGAACGAAGCCGGGGCCAGGGGCAGUCCUUCGACUCGGAGAGGCGGUUGAUGACCCGGAAGAAACUCUUCAUCCCGGAAGUCCGGCGUUCACUGUCAGCGGGGACUGAGGGGAUGGCUGUCGAGCCUCGACGGGAACAGCUCCAGCCUUUCCGCCCCGGCCGCUGAGCUGAAGCGGCCGCUGACUGACAAAGGGACCGCCGUCCACCCGCCCAGGGAAGAAGCCGCAGCCGAGCAUGGCGGAGUUGGCGGCUGGGGAGGGGCCGCCACGAGGCCGCACGCCCAGCCCGCUCCCGAUUUCGGGGCCGCCAAGCCCUCGUCCAGCCGCGGCUCCCGCCUGCCCAGCGCGCAGUCCGGAGCCUCCGGCGCCCGAGAAAGCUGUGGCCGGGAGCGGCAGUGGCGGGGGCUCCAAGUGGGUUCGGCUCAACGUGGGUGGCACUUACUUUGUGAGCACACGCCAGACCCUCUGCCGCGAGCCCAAGUCGUUUCUCUGCCGCCUCUGCUGCCAAGAGGGGCCUGAACUGGGCUCGGACAAGGAUGAAACGGGGGCAUAUCUCAUUGAUAGGGAUCCCACAUAUUUUGGUCCAAUCCUGAACUACCUCCGGCAUGGAAAACUCAUAAUAAACAAGGAAUUGGCAGAAGAAGGUGUCCUGGAAGAAGCUGAAUUUUACAACAUUGCAUCUCUAGUGAGGCUGGUGAAAGAGCGUAUACGAGACAAUGAAAGCAGAACUUCUCAAGGACCUGUCAAGCAUGUUUAUCGAGUUCUGCAGUGCCAAGAAGAAGAGCUCACCCAGAUGGUGUCUACUAUGUCUGAUGGAUGGAAAUUUGAACAGUUGAUUAGUAUUGGAUCUUCGUACAACUAUGGAAAUGAAGAUCAGGCAGAAUUUCUCUGUGUUGUAUCACGAGAGCUCAAUAACUCUACCAAUGGCAUUGUCAUAGAGCCUAGUGAGAAAGCAAAGAUUCUUCAGGAGCGAGGAUCACGGAUGUAAUCCAAGCAUUUAACUUUAAAACUCCCAGAUGUUAAAAGAGCAAUUUUGCUGGGCAGAGCAUUUCUCCUGCAGUCUAAGCUUGCUUUUGUACAGUAAUAAAACUAACACAAAGCAAAGCUGAGCCUGUCCUGCCAGUGGAGAAUUAAAUCCUGGUAAAAACCAAAGGCUCAUCCCACCCCAGUCACAGAAAGCUAAGAGAAAAGAAGAGAAUCUUCCAGCUGGAGAGCACCUUUGCUCUGCUCUUUUUUUUUUUUUUUCUUGCUGUCUUGGCAUUGACAUUUGCUUGGAGGGAGAUAUCUAUAUAUAUACACUCUUUGAAGUCUUUUGUGAAGUCUACCCCUAUUUCUGUGUUCUGGGUUAUCUUAGCAUCACGGGCCUGGAUAAACAGCAGACGUUUGGUUUAAUACUGCUAUUUCUGAUGCUUUAGUUAGGAAAUUUGUCCUAGUUAGAGUCAUUCAGAUCCAGUGAAAGUGGAUUGGAAAGUGAAUAAUUAAAUAUUCUUCCUCCAUUCUUCCCUCACCAAACUUUUUUUUUUUUAAUAUGUUACUGGUUCAGAGCUGUUAAAUAAGAAAGUUGAGUGAGGAAAUCAUGCACACUGUGCAACAUUAGCUGAAGGGUUUUUCUUCUGAUAACACUACAAAUCUAACUCUAGGCAUUUCUUGCAAUGUAGUUUGGUCAGCAUUCUUCAUGCUUUUAAAGUGUCCAGUUACCUGUGAGUUUUAGAUUUUGUUGUAUUGUUUCUUAUUCUUUGUGAAAAGAGAGAGAAAGAAAGAAGCUUAUGCCCCAUUUCUCCCACCAAAGCUAGAAUGUGUCCUUUGGGUUACUUCAAAUACAGUAGUUCUUUGAUAUGGAAGAUUUGUUCCUGCCAAGUUCCACUUUGCCUUGUCUUCAACAGCAUGAAAUUAUUCCCUUGUUCCCUUGCUGUCCUGCAUUAAAGCAGGUUUUCAUUUGUACUCUAAUUAUUUUGGUAGGCGUUACCAACUGUUACCCAAUACAUCCGGGGAUAGAGAGUCUUUUAUUUACACAUUAUGAUUCUGUGCUGGAAACUUCUCACCCCUCCUUGUGUCCUCAUACCCAAAAUGACAAAGGAGCAUUGCACAGGUUGGGGAGGGGGGUGGGGAAGGGAGGUGUAAAAUGAUGACAGUUGCCAAACUAUUGUGAUGUUUCUUGUCCAAAGUGAUUUGUGAACCUCUGUAUUUUUUUUUCCUGUUGGAAUGCCUUGAAUGGAAGUAACAAUGUUGUGCCUCUCUGAAUUCUAAUCUUAGACAAACGGGACUUGCUGAUUUUGUCAAUAAAUUUGUGCCAUCCCUUAUCAGCAAAAUGUCCCUUCUAGUUGUUGGUAAAUGGAAUUCCUGAAGUAUUUGCUCUACAUUCUGGCUUUGUUUCUUGUUAGUCAUCUUUGGCUUCUGGGCCUUUGAACUGAGCCCUGAACAUAAUGAAUCAAAGUAUCAAAGAAACGGCAAUGCUUUGGUUUCCCCUAGGCAAUAAUUGAACCUCCCAUAUUAGUCUGUGAUUAGAGUAGGAUCCCUUAUAUUCCAACUGGUUAGCUUGGGAUUUCUCAGCACGGAGUUGCACUCAGUGUCUUUUUCAUGUUUCAUGGUGUGUGGUAAUGAGGCUUCCCAUUUUAUUUCUUCCUUGUCACAAAAGGAGUGGGAACAGAGAGGAUAGUGAGUGGUUACUGAAAGCAUGGAAGAUAUAAUGCAGACGAAGCAAAAAAGUUUUAAAAUGAAGUUUAACAGGGUACCAAAUUAUCCUGCCCCACAUCCUCCAUUACUCUUCAGUGUUUGUGUGCAUAUAUCACUGAGCUUCCCCACCAUUUUGCCAACAUACCUCCAGUGAAGUUUUGGUGGGUUAGGGCUUGAAUAAUGUACAGUAUUCAGUCCUUGUAGCAACAGACUGUACCAAAGGUCCUGAGGUCAGCUCCUGGCUGCUAAACUCAACUGGUUCCAUACUGUAUGGAAUUCAAGCAACUUUCUUGUCCUCCUUCACCCUUGCUGUUUGUAAUGUGUUGGUAUUGGCAUGGUCAGAUAGUGUACGUCAUGGCUGGAUUUAACUAACACUGUGAUGUGUACAUAAAUCUAUGAGUAUCUUGUUCUUUCAGCCAUUAUCAGUGUGUGUCCACAGCUGAGAAAUAACCAGAUGUGUGUGUGUGUGUGUGUGUACUGUGAGGAAGUAUAAGAACCACAGAUGUAUAGCAUUCGCACAUAUCCUCAUAAUCUCUCCUUUCAGGGAAGGGAGAUUGUUGUGGCAUGAACUAGUUGGAAGAAAAAUCAGAGGAUGCUGCCAUUUCCAACUUGGCCUAACCCAACUCAUUCCCCACCUUGCUGGGCACGUAGCAGUGUUAGGUUUGCUUGGAAGGAAAUCUUAACUGUGUAGCUUUAGUCAACUAAAACAAAUACCUCAUUGAUUUAUGUUAUGAUCACCAGAAACACCAUGCAUGGGGAAGCCACAUUAGAAGAGUGCCUGAUGUCAAGAUAAUGAACUGGUAAAAGUAAUCUCAUUUUGUUGUACAUGUAGUGCCGCUGCAAACAGCUCCAUUUAAAUCUGGAAUAGAAUCAGAUUUGAGAUGAGGCUGCUCUGUUACAGCAAGAUUGGAGCUAAAUGCAGAGAAAAACAGUGUUUCUGCUGAAUAAAUGGGGCCACUGUUGUCUAUAUUACACUUGCUGCUGGCAAGUAGUGAGAGAUUUUCAGUAAAUCUGGUUUUUCGUUGGAACAUGAUUGCCUUCUCUUUUCCUUCCCUUGUUAAAUAUUUCCAGUUCUAGUCAUUACGGUUUGGGGGACCCUCCCUGAAGCAAUGAGCAGUUUAGUUGGAGACAGAAACAGUAUUAGGGAUUGGGAAAGCUCUCAGCUUUCUUAAUAUAAGGGCUUGAAUUCCAGCUACAGCAAGACACUAUUCUAGCUCACCCACUGGGAUGUUCUUUUCUCACGAUGAGAGGCCACCUUCAGGCCCUGUUAAAUUCAAGAACUGGCUUUCGUGUUCUCCACCAGUUGUAACUUUGCCUUCUUAGCAACAGGGCUCUUCCUUCCAUUUGCCUUUAUGUGGUUGAGUCUAAGCUAAAGCUGGAAAAUGAAUACAGAUGCUAUUUCCCCAUGAAAGGCAGUAAAUGGCAAAGGAAGUCAAUGGCAGGAUGGCUUUUCAUCUGAGUGAUGUGCAUCUCUUGAGGUUUUUUUAAACCAUUAGCUAGCCCCUGGGGACCAGUAACUGGCUCAGAAACCCAGUGGCCCAAUUGUUCCGUUACAGCAAGGUUGGAGCUAACCUUCUCUUAAAAGUGUCUUUGUUUCUGCACAUUUUUAAUCAAUUUUUCUCAGGGGUGACUGAAUGGUCCGAGGGGGAGGGGGUUAUUCACAAAGGGGUGGGGAUGGCUCCUCAGACCUCCACAGCUGGGCCGUGGGCUCCUCACCCUCAGGUUUUGCUUGCAAGCCUAGAGGUUUUGUACAGUUUGUCACAUGUCAGUGCCCUUUGCUACUGUUCCUCUUUGUUUAUUAAAUGUGUUUGAAUAAUAAUGGAGAUGCUGUGAUGUUUUUUUCCAAUAAAGAUUCUGACAUGA